CGUGGAGGCCUGUCCCGCCAUUAACAGCACAUCCUCGUAUCUUCCGCCGAAGAGCGGCGACCACCGAUGCCGCCUCCGCCGUUUGCCAGAUCUCUCUCCAUUCGUUUGCACCGCUCGAUGAUCCGAUCCUCGUUGCAUGAUCGAUCGCAUAUUCGAAAGAUUCACCCUUUUCUUUUUUGCCAUUUCUGGUUCGAGAAGAAGAUAAAGAUAAAACAGUCUUUCAACUGCCCCCAAAUGUCGGGAUUGAAAUCGAGAGAAUCCUCGACCCCGAUCCUCGCGGACGAGUGGUUAUCGUCCACGUGACGUUGACUCUCCGUCUGAGGCUCAUCCAUUAGAAUUCCUCGCAAAAAAUUAACCCAGAAAAGGCAGCCGCGGAAACGGAUGACGCAGCGACAGCGUUGAGCAUUGAAUGAUUUGGGCUUGUUGAGAGCCGGUCGUCAUCUACAUAUAUUGAUCGGUGACUCCAUAGCUCCCUCCACGUUCAGCAACCGCUUCUACCCUUUUGUCUCUCUCCUCUCUUUCUCUGUUUCUCUUGCACACGUACUCUGUUCUCUCUCGCCAGCGACCGGUCGAAGGACGAGCGAAAGGCAAUGUCGGACGAGCAGGUUUAUGUGGGUUCGCUUGAUCAGGGGACCACGAGCACCAGGUUCAUCAUCUACGACCGGAAUGCCCGCUCGAUCGGGUCUCACCAGGUCGAGUUCACUCAGUUCUGCCCUCAUGCCGGAUGGGUGGAGCACGAUCCGAUGGAGAUUCUGGAGACUGUGAGGGUCUGUAUGGCCAAGGCUGUAGACAAAGCCACGGCUGAUGGCCACAAUGUGGACGGUGGACUGAAAGCCAUUGGGUUGACUAAUCAGAGAGAGACUGCUCUCGUUUGGCGCAAAUCCACCGGUCACCCUCUGUACAAUGCCAUUGUUUGGAUGGAUGCUCGUACUAGCUCCAUUUGCAGAAAAUUGGAGAAAGAACUGCCUGGGGGUAGGACCCAUUUUGUUGAGACCUGUGGUUUGCCCAUUAGUACAUAUUUCAGCGCAGUCAAGCUUCUGUGGUUGAUGGAAAAUGUGGAUGCUGUUAAGGAGGCUAUUAAGGAAGGGGACGCUUUGUUUGGAACCAUAGACACCUGGUUGAUAUGGAAUCUAACCGGAGGAACCGCGGGUGGUUUACAUGUUACUGAUGCAUCGAACGCAUCUAGAACUAUGCUAAUGAAUCUCAAAUCUCUUGAGUGGGAUAAGCCCACGUUAGAAACACUGGGAAUUCGUCCAGAGAUUCUCCCCAGAAUUGUCAGCAAUUCUGAAAUAAUUGGCAAGAUUGCCAAGGGAUGGCCAUUUACCGGAAUUUCAAUUUCGGGAUGCCUCGGUGAUCAACAUGCUGCGAUGGUGGGACAGGCGUGUAGAAAGGGCGAGGCCAAAAGCACAUAUGGGACUGGAGCUUUCAUUCUUCUUAACACCGGCGAGGAAAUGGUUAAUUCAACACACGGGCUUCUGAGUACUUUGGCCUUUAAGCUCGGACCAAAAGCGCCGACAAACUACGCCCUUGAAGGUUCUAUUGCCAUUGCUGGAGCUGCUGUUCAGUGGCUCAGAGAUAGUCUUGAGAUAAUCAGUUCUGCCAGCGAGAUUGAGAAGUUGGCAUCACAGGUUGACUCCACUGGAGGGGUAUACUUUGUGCCCGCUUUUAACGGACUCUUUGCCCCAUGGUGGCGUGAUGAUGCUCGUGGGGUUUGCAUUGGGAUAACAAGGUUUACAAACAAGGCUCACAUUGCUCGAGCUGUGCUGGAGAGUAUGGCUUUUCAAGUGAAGGACGUGUUGGACUCCAUGCACAAGGAUGCAGGAGAGAAGGGCGAGGUUAAGAAUGAGAAAGGGGAAUUCUUGCUAAGAGUAGAUGGAGGCGCCACUGUCAACAACCUCUUGAUGCAGAUCCAGGCGGAUCUAUUGGGAAACCCAGUUGUGAGACCAGCUGACAUAGAGACAACUGCACUUGGAGCAGCCUAUGCUGCUGGAUUAGCUGUUGGUGUCUGGACAGAGGAUGAUAUUUUUCAUUCUGGAGCAAGGAGCAGUGACCCAACUACUUUUCGUCCUAAAUUAGAUGAGGAACUGAGGAAGAAGAAGGUGGAUUCUUGGUGCAAGGCUGUCUCAAGGACAUUUGAUCUGGCUGAUCUUUCUCUCUGAUGCCCCACUUAAUUAACAUUCUGUUGGUAUUUUUUUAGUCUCCAUUCUCUCAUCGUCACAGCUCAUGCCAUUUUUCACUUUAAUAAGAGAUCGUCCGGGUCGAUUCAUAUGCAGACGAUUGACACCACCUGUUUAUGCUUGUCUCCUUACUCUCUUCUGUGUUUGAGAAAGUGAUGAGAACUACUUAAUGUUUUGCAAGACUUCAGUGAAAUUAUCCUUUCAUUCACGAUUGUACAAGUUUUGACAUGUCGUCUAUUUAGCAAUUUAAAUUGACAAAAUA